AGUUGGGCAAGUCGCUCGCUCGCUCGCUGGCUAGGGGAUGCCGCCGCCCGGGCAGGAGCGGGCGCUGCCGGUGCUAGGCGCGCGCUGCAGGACCCUGUACCCUUUCUCCGGGGAGAGGCACCGGCACGGGCUGCGCUUCGCGGCGGGGGAGCUGCUCACCGUCCUCCAGGCGGGGCCCGACGGCGGCUGGUGGGAAGGAGAGACCGCCGAAGGGCUCCGGGGCUGGUUCCCGGCCAGCUACGUCCAGCUGAUCGAGAAACCUAGGAAGGUCAUUCCUCAAGUCGGAGAAGACACUCAAAAUGGCCACCUCCCACCCGGCUGGCAGAGUUAUAUGUCUCCCCAGGGGCGAAGGUACUACGUGAACACUUUCACCAAUGAGACUACUUGGGAGCGGCCAAGCAGCGUGCCCGGGACACCAAAGAGCCCUGUGACACAGAAGAACUCCUUGCCUACAGUGAAUGGGUAUCACAUACCAGGAACUUUGGUACCCCAACUAGAACCAAGCCACAUGAGUCUCCGCAAAGUCGGCUGUGACCCCCAUAGUCCUGGGUCCCCCUCACCUACUCGAAAGCAGAACAAGGAGACCACGUUCACGAUAAACUGUGUGACGUUCCCCCACCCUGACGCAAUGCCAGAGCAGCAGUUGCUGAAACCUUCUGAAUGGAGCUACUGCGAUUAUUUCUGGACUGAUAAGAAGGAUCCUCAAGGAAACAGCACCGUCUCGGGAUUUGAAAUUCUUCUUCAGAAACAACUGAAAGGAAAGCAAAUGCAAAAAGAGAUGGCGGAAUUUAUUCGCGAAAGGAUAAAGAUUGAGGAAGAAUAUGCCAAGAACUUGUCCAAACUAUCACAAAACUCAUUGGCUGGCCAGGAAGAAGGGACGCUUGGAGAGUCUUGGUCUCAGCUGAAGAAAAGCCUGGCUGAUGAAGCAGAGGUUCACCUCAAGUUUUCCUCCAAGCUCCAGGCAGAGGUGGAGAAACCCCUUCUCAACUUCCGAGAAAACUUCAAGAAAGACAUGAAGAAGUAUGACCAUCACAUUGCUGAUCUGAGGAAGCAGCUGGUUAGUCGGUAUGCAUCCGUGGAAAAGGCCCGGAAAGCAUUAUCGGAGAGGCAAAAGGAUUUAGAGAUGAAAACACAGCAGUUGGAGAUAAAACUCAGCAACAAGACAGAAGAGGAAAUUAAGAAGGCUAGGCGGAAGUCCACCCAAGCCGGAGAUGACCUCAUGCGCUGUGUGGAUCUGUAUAAUCAAGCCCAGUCAAAGUGGUUUGAAGAAAUGGUGACCACCUCUCUGGAGCUUGAGAGGCUAGAGGUGGAGAGAGUGGAGAUGAUUCGGCAGCACCUUUGUCAAUAUACACAGUUGCGGCACGAGACAGAUAUGUUCAACCAAAGCACAGUAGAACCCGUGGAUCAGUUGCUUCAGAAAGUGGAUCCAGCCAAAGACAGGGAACUGUGGGUAAAAGAACACAAAACCGGUAAUAUCAGACCCGUGGAUAUGGAGAUAUAGACUGCUGCUACUGGUUGUAAGUGGUGGGCUCCUUGUCCCAGCCAUGUUCAAGAGAGUUCUGUAAAGCCUCAGGAGUAGGGAAAAGAGAGACGUUCUGCUGUCAGCUUCCUUAUAUAUUUAUUAUUGCCUGUAGGGACUAUUUCUGUCAUGUUUGAUCACUAUUUCAUUUCCUGUUGUGCUUUGCCUUAAACAUCGAACAUUCCAGGUUUGAGAAGCCACGCUUUAUACUUCCUUUCAAAAAUGGGCUAUCAGCAGCCAAACAGUUGCCGCCCUCGUGAUAAGCUGCAGGGGUUGUUUUCUGGUACAGAGAGAGUUUUGCUAUUCAGUUGUGAUUGACUAUCUCAUGCUACUCCCCUUGCAUGAUGCUCUGUUUGUACAGCAGUGCUAAGACACAAUAUGCCUCUGCCAAACUGGUGAAUUUGAACACGACUCUGGAAGGAGCGAGAUCUUCCUGAAUAUUGCCACUUAAUUGGAUGGGAAUGGGUGGGAGGUUGAGGAAAACGCUCCUGUCCUCCAUUUACAACUUAUGAAAUGGCAUUCAUAAAGCUAACCUACCUCACAGGGAUGUUGUGAGGAUAACAGUAAAGCCUGUACAAUAUGUAUUUUUUAACAAA